UUCAGGCGUCAACAUGGAGGAGAAAGAAGCACUGAAGAGGCAAAUUGAACUUCUUCAGAAUCUCAUCAACAAGCACAAGAGUGUCCAUGGUGACGCACCAUUUACAAGAGCUGAGCAGAGGCAUCUAGACGCUCCAAUCUCUGCGAGAGGCAGAGGCCACAGCACAACUGUCGUCCAUCCUCACAGCUCCAGAGGGACGCUGUAUGCUCCUCACACCCAUGAAAGUUGGAGGAAAACGUACUCACUGAGAAACAAGAACCCUCAGUCCUCAUUUGGACAUCACUCAGCUUCUGCCUCCUCGUCCUCUGUGGAUCAGUCUAGUUCCCAACCUGUAUCUCACAGCAUCUCACUGCCCAGCCACAGCAGAGGGGAGGAAAGUGUUAGAACCAAAACUGCUGCUUUAUCAUCAGGGACUGCUCAACAGAAGAAAGAGGGACAUGUCAGCAGGAUCACAGGGAUUAGGGAAGGUACAGCAAAGGGACCAUCCACAGACGUUCUUCAUAAAAGAGGUGAAGGGCCAGCGGUGUCUCAGCACCAAGAUGGAAAAGGAGGUUCAAUCUCAACAGGCACUGGCUUUCAGCAGAAGGCUGACAGUAGGUACGUUGUACUUCCAAGAAAGAUAGACAGUGGUUCUUCAGAAGUGCCUUCUUCAGUCAAGACCAAGACCUCAGCCAGUUUGCAGAGCACCUCUAAAGUACAGAUCAAACCUUCCCUGACCAGCAAAACAAGCACUGUGACUAAACAGACUCCAGCAAUUCCUACGACUGGUAAUGCCACAUUACAUCUCUCUGCGCUGUCUAAGGAAGCAAAACAACCUUCCCUCCAAUCUCAGAGCAGCCAGGCCCAAGUCAAUCAGUCUUUUUUGAAAAAAUCCAAGUUCACUUGGGUAAAGAGCCAGAGUGUGGGAGGUGUUGAGUCCAGACAAGGUAGCUCCAUUUCUUUACAAACAGCAAAAACUGUGACUGUUGCCCCAACGUCAGUUUCAAAAGCUGAAGUAGCCAGUGGGAGCUCCCCCUCCUUCACAAUAAGUAAGAGAACCCCUGCUAAGAAGUUACCCCGAAAGCUUAGCCCAGUCACUGUCGCACCCAAGACCUCCAAAUACAAAUGGGUCUCCUCCUCUGCUGGAGCCCAAGCCAAGAUGUCUCGAAAACCACUGUCGCCCAAAACCCUGAGUCUUGCUCAGAGAGCUCUAGAGAAGGGAGAGACCACCAAGAAACUCAGAUCACCCUCCACUCCCUCUGCUAAAAUAAAAAAGGCAGCCAGUUCUUCACUCAGUAGCCGUUAUCGCUGGAAAGCUGGGGGCCAGAAUACCACUGGAGUGGCAACAGCAGGGGUAGCAGUGGCUCGUCGUAGGUCUGCCUUCCACUGGACUUCAGAAAAAAGCAACAAAGGAGUGAAAGGAGUUGUUUCCCCAUCUCUACCUCAACGUGUCUCCUUCCCAUCCUCCUCCCCUGCUGGGUACAAACUCCGCAGCAGGAUGAAAAUCAUUAGGAAGUCUGCUAACAGUGGAGGCGGGUCAGAGAAGGGGAGCAGCCCGUCAGCAGUAAAGUACUCCCCACGGGGCCGAACAUACACCUCAACUAGGACUCCCAUGGGAGUUAAGAGGACACCCUCCAGGGAGCUUGUGUCUUUUGGCAGACACAAGUUGAGGCGGCUCUCCCCCACCCUGUCAAGGACAAGUCCUGCCUCCCACUGCAGCCCCGCCUCCCAGCGGGUGUUCAGGACACGCUACAAGAUGGUGACCUGCCCGGGCUCCAGCACUGCACAUACCCUCCACUACAACCCUGCCCUCUCCUGGAGAGCCAAGAGGAUCCAGUCUGCCAGGAGUUUCCUUCAGAGCCGCCUUCGAAGUCCCCACUACAGACACCCAUCAUCCAGCCAGCACUGGAGAGGAAGUGGCAUGUGCUGGAUUGGUGGUUCCCUGUACCGGAUGUCAGCCAAUAAGCUGUCCCGCACUGUGGCGUCCAGCAUGUCGAUCAGCCGAACAGGAAGGUCCCCCAGCCCCCACGUCUCACCCAUGGCUCCUGCUUGGAACCGACCCUCCAGCACUCGUCACUUAGCCAAUCGAGCAGUUCAGCGGAGCCUCGCCAUAAUUAGGCAUGCUCACCAGAAGAAGCAGCAGAAGCAGUACUGCAUGUACUACAACCGCUUCGGCAAAUGUAACCGCGGCAACAGCUGUCCCUACAUACACGACCCAGACAAGGUGGCUGUUUGCACAAGGUUUCUGCGAGGAACGUGUAAGCAGGCAGACGGGACCUGCCCAUUCUCCCAUAAGGUGGCUAAGGAGAAGAUGCCGGUAUGUUCUUACUUCCUGAAGGGAAUCUGUAACAACAGCGACUGUCCCUACAGUCAUGUCUAUGUGUCCCGCAAAGCUGAAGUGUGUGAGGACUUUGUCAAAGGCUAUUGUCCCGAGGGAGAGAAGUGUAAGAAGAAACACACUCUGGUGUGUCCUGACUUCUCUAAGACCGGCUCCUGCCCCCGAGGAACCCGAUGUAAGCUGCGGCACCGGCAACCCGCCAAACGAAGCAUCAGCAACACCUCCACCACACCAGCUAAGAGAGCCCGAACCAAGGAACCCUCCAAGAGGCCUUGCCUGUCCAUUGUCAUGCCACACAGCCCUCAGGCAGCUCCUCAGACACCUACUGCAGGUCCUUCGGCACUGCCGUCCUUCAUCUCCCUCUCCAGCUCCCCAGAGGAUGCAGAUGCUCCGGACACACUGCCACCCGAGGCCUCACAGGUUAAAGAGAAAAAGCUGCAGAUCAAACCUCGGCUGUAAGCCUACAGAAACCAGCAGCAUGGGAGGCGAACAGCUCCUAUCAAUGAUCUCUGAGCUCCAGGUUUGUCCUGACAGGUGUACCUGUGUCUCUGACAGGUGUAUUGGUGCCUCUGAAUUACUUACACUAAAUAACUCAGGGCCUGAAAGUUUGAUCUUCUAUAUCUACUAUAUCUACAUCAGUUUUACAUAUCAGUUUGGAUGUUGACACGGAUUUUCUCACCAGGUUUUGUAAAUUUUAAAACAACAAAUAAAAUCUAAAC